AAGGAGCGGUGUUGGCAGGUGUGGGGUUCGCCAUGGGGCUGCUGCAGCAGCUGGCCCGCGGGCUGGUGCGCGGCGCAGACCGCAUGUCGCCGUUCACCAGCAAGCGUGGGCCCCGCACGCACUACAAGGGCCGCGGCGCCCGGCGGGCCGGAGUGCUCACCACCGGCAAGAAGUUCAUCCGCAUCCCGGAGAUGGUGCCGGAGUUCAUCGUCCCCGACCUCACCGGCUUCAAGCUCAAGCCGUACGUGUCGUACCGCGCCCCCGAGGGCUCCGAGCCGCCCGCCACCGCCAAGCAGCUCUUCACCGAGCUGGUGGCUCCGCGCAUCGAGAAGGACGUGAAGGACGGCACCUUCGACCCCACCAACCUGGAGAAGUACGGCUUCGAGCCCACGCAGGAGGGCAAGCUCUUCCAGCUCUUCCCCAAGAACUACAUGCGGUAGGCGGGAGCGGCGGCGCCCGGCGAGGCACGACCCGCACCGGCACCAGAACGGGACUGCUCCGGACACCGGCCAUUAAAAGCAAACCCUUCCUCCUC